GUGUUUAAGUUAAGCUAACAGAGACCUGGAGCUCGAGCAGGUGAACCUUAAACGUCACUUUAUUUAGCUGCUAGCUUCUCUUGCUAGCUCAUUAGCUCACAACUAGCUUGCUUUCCUCCAAAGUGAAGCUCGAGCUCCCUCCCAGGCUGAGUGUGACCCUGUCUGAGAGUAGUCCCUCUGAGGUGGGUCACCUGUCUGAAGGUCUAAUAAAGAGGGACCACAUUAGGAGAACCAGUUUUAGAGUCACUUACCGGAUGGACCGACUCGUUCCCUGAAAGCAGUCCGAAGAGGAGACGCUGCCUCCGGCCACAAACUACCGUUACUUCACAGCUCAGCCUUCCUUUCCUUACUUCCUUUCCUUACUUCCUCCAAGGACUUCAAACUGCCUCAUAUUUCAUGUUGAGAACAUUUCAGAGUCUAAAACUGACAGCUCGUUAAUCUCGAGUCAGUCAUAGUCAUUAAAGGCGAAGUGAUAAAUAGUCGAAGUGUAUGGUGUUUGUCCCAUGGCGGACUCCGUAGAGCUACAACGAGAAACAUGUACAACAGCGACACCUGCUGGCAGGGCGGUGCAACUACACUGGACUAUGGAGGAGCAGGUCAUGUUCCUCCUGGCCUUGGGAUGACAACAAAAAUCAUUCAUUUCAUGGUGAAUGGGAGGCUGGAGCAGGCAGAGUUUGGAGCUGACUGCUCUGCUGCAGACGUCAAAGAUCUGUUCCGGGCGGCUGCAGAGGCGGGGCCUAACCACAUCCUGAAGAUGUACAACAACAAUGGCAGCGUGGUGAACAUCUCCCCCCGGCUGGAGGCAAACGGCGAGGACUCCUACUACCGUCUGGAAGUGGUGGCGUCAGACCAGCAGGGUGUGGGGAUGCCAACAGAGCUGGACGACAUGGAAUACAGGCUUCAGCAUCUGGAGAGCAAAGUGAUCGAGGACGUGGGGAAGACUCCAGAAAUCAUCAGUGAGCUGAAGAGCCAGGUGGAGUCCUUUAAGAAGAAGCUGGAGAGUGUGCAGCACCUGAGCUGGAUGGGUCUGUUCAGGGAGGACAGCGAUCAUCAGCUCUCCAAGCUCUCCCAGAAACCCAAAACGCCUCAUCUGAGCGUGGAGGAGGAGCGGCAACAAGUCCGCAGGAAGUUCCUCAACAUGAGCUCGCUGCAGGUGACUGAGAAAGUGAGAGAGCACCUGAAAACUCCUAUUUUUGACAACUGGCAAUGGGAGGAGGCGGAGAUGCUGGUGCUCCUCCAGGUGAUGUUCACAGACCUGGACUUCCUCACGGCGUUCCACAUCGAGCUGGAAGUCCUGCAGAACUUCCUGUUUGAGGUGUUCUGCCACUACAACAGCAUCCCCUUCCACAAUUUCCAGCACUGCUUCUGCGUCACUCAGAUGAUGUACGGGCUGAUUUGGCUGACGGACCUCAGGAGUAAAUUAUCUCCAGUGGAUCUGUUGAUCAUGCUGACCUCGGCUCUGUGCCACGACCUCGACCACCCCGGAUACAACAACGUCUACCAGAUCAACGCUCAGACGGACUUAGCCAUCCGCUACAACGACAUCUCACCUCUGGAAAACCACCACUGUGCUGUCGCCUUUGGUAUCCUGUCACAGCCAGAGUGCAACAUCCUCAAAAACCUGACCUGCGAUCAGUACAAACUCAUCCGGGGAGGAAUGAUCAAGUGCAUUCUGGCCACCGACAUGGCUAGACACAACGAAAUUCUCAACAAGUUCAAAAUGACGCAGCCGGUGUUCAACUUCACCAACAAGGAUCACAAGGAAGUGCUGAUGAAGAUCAUGGUGAAGGUGAGCGACAUCUCCAACGAGGCACGGCCGAUGGCUGUGGCCGAGCCGUGGCUGGACUGUCUGCUGCAGGAGUUCUUCAACCAGAGUGACACAGAGAAACUCAAGGGGCUUCCAGUGACUCCUUUCAUGGACCGAGACAAAGUGUCCAAACCGUCCUCUCAGACCAACUUCAUCCGUUUUGUCCUCCUGCCGCUCUUCUCCGAGCUCACCAAGCUGUUCCCCUGUCUGGAGCAGCACAUUCUGGAGCCGGUGCGGCGGGCCCUGGAGUAUUACUCCAACCUAGAGAGGGCCAGCAAAGACGAAGAGAGGACAACCAAAGCCUGAGGAGGAGGAGGCAGUUUGGCAUUCAUUUAGCAUGUUUGUGUUCACUGACAGAUUAUAUUCAUCACCAGUGUUACAGGAAGUACUGUAAGACUUUGUAGAGCUCCGUCUGAUAGUUUUAGGGACCAUCCAUAUUGAUGCAGUCAUGAUGCUGAUACUCUAACUUUGGACUUCAGGUGGUUUAGAAACAACAAUCUGAUACCAGGGUUCAGCAAGUGAGCACAUGUGGAUUACUCUGGGACCGUUGAUAUCACGUCUGCUUGUCUGAGUGAUGAUAAAGUGUUUUUUUAAGUGUGUUUCUUUGACAGUGUUUGCUGAAUGAAAAGCAUUAUUAGUGAGGCACAUGAAAAGAGGAACAAAUAAACGGUGUUAACGUGUCAUCCGGAGACAAAUCCCAGA